AUGAAGGAACAACAGCACUUGGAAACGGAGCGGGAUCUGCAAAGACAAGUAGAUACAUGCAAAAGUAACACCUGGAGAUACGAGGGCUGCUACCGCGACUCGGAAAGGCGCGUACUCAGCCUCAUGUCCGAAGCAGCUGACAUGACGAGGGAAAAGUGUGCUGCUACCUGCACAAAGUACAAGUACUACGGAGUCGAGUUUGCCAGGUAUUGCUUUUGUGGAAAUAGCUUCGAGGCGCCCACGGAACAGAUUGCAGAGAGCAAUUGCAAUACAAAGUGUGUGGGUAGCAGUGACAUGUGUGGUGGCGGUUGGGCUUUGAGUAUGCAUGCCAAGGAGGUUUGA